CGUCCCUUUCCUCCCUCCUCCUGUUUUCUGCUUUACGUGUCAGUUUGUCUUCACGAUGGGUUUUGGUGAUCUGAAGUCCACCUCCGGCCUUGUUGUACUAAACGACUUCCUCUCUGAGCGCAGCUACAUCGAGGGGUUCGUCCCGUCCCAGGCUGAUGUCGCUGUCUUUGAGGCCAUCUCCAAACCCCCCUCUGCUGACCUGUGCCAUGCGCUUCGCUGGUACAAUCACAUCAAGUCUUACCAGGACCAAAAGAACAGUCUGCCAGGUGUGAAGAAACCUCUGGGUCAGUACGGUCCAGCAGGUGUAGCUGAUGCCACCUCUGCCUCCGUCCCUGCCUCUAAAGCUAAAGAUGAAGAUGACGACGAUGACUUUGACCUGUUUGGCUCCGAUGAUGAGGAUGAUGCAGAGGCCGCUAAGCUGAAGGAGGAGCGUCUGGCAGCAUAUGCUGCCAAGAAGUCAAAGAAACCUGCCCUCAUUGCCAAAUCUUCAAUUCUGUUGGAUGUGAAACCAUGGGAUGACGAGACAGACAUGUCCAAGCUGGAGGAAUGUGUUCGCAGUAUCCAAAUGGAUGGACUAGUCUGGGGACAGUCCAAAUUUGUCCCUGUGGGGUACGGCAUCAAAAAGCUGCAGAUCGGCUGUGUGGUUGAAGAUGACAAGGUGGGUACAGACAUUCUGGAGGAGAAGAUCACAGCGUUUGAGGACUUUGUUCAGUCAAUGGAUGUUGCAGCUUUCAACAAAAUCUGAAACUACACUGUUAAUAAAAUGCUGUGCAAAACAAA